UGUGCGUUUGAAUAAUUAUCAUUCACUUAUUUGUAUAUAUAAAUAAAAUUCUAUACGAAUAACAUAAACAAGAAAAAACGCGUUCGUGACUAAAAUGUAAAAGUACGAUGAAAUUGAAAAUAUAAGUAUAUCUGAAAGUGCAUAUGAUUUAUUACUCAAUGCAAGUGUAUUUACGAAUAAUAUGAAAUGUAGAAUCUUACUAUUUCGGAGAGAUGAUGCGUUUUAGAAUACAUUUGACACAAUCCAAUGUUAGUUUUACAAAAUAAGAUGUCACGCGGUUGGAGCAGAGGCAGAGGACAGAGCGUUUCUCUACCAUUAGACACCCUAUUUAAAGAAAGUGCUAAUCGACCAUCAGCCUCCAGGUCAGCAGGCACUGUUGGAAAAUGGGGUAUAACCAGUUUCACAUCAAUACGGAACACAUCUCUUGGUGGGAUCAGUGGCGGGUGUCUGAAUGCUUACGGAAAUCAACAGCUACAAAAAAGUGAUUACAAUAAUUCACUUAAGGGUGGUACAAAUAGUUGCAACUUUGAACGUUCAAGUGAAUUGACACAAAAUACAAAUACCGCAAACAUCCAAACAGUGAAACCAAAAAAAUUUUUCAAAAGUAGAAAUGUAGUUACUUUAGAUGCAACUGAAACUAAUAAAGUUAGUAAUAAUAACAAGUUUUCUUCAAAUUCUGCUAAUGUAAAUUCUCCAACAAAAGUUAUUCCAAACAAAAGUAAAACAAACAGAGAAGAAAUUCCAAAAUUAAAAAUAUCUUUAGAUAAAAGUAAAUAUAGCAAACACAAAUAUUUUUCGGCAAAAAAUUUAAAAAAUGAUAGAAAAUUAAAUGUGAAUGUAAACUCAAAAUAUAGCUCCAGGAAUAAAGGAAAGAUUGUAAAUUACUCAGAAGAAAAUAGUUGCAGCCCUCCAAAUUCACCACCAAUUCUAGAAAAUAUAACACUCCAGCAAGUAGAAAGUUCUCCGAUCAGUCCUAAGCGCCAGUUGGAACAUCCACCCAUUGUCCUACGAAUAUCUAAGGGAACUUCACGCCUCAUUAGUACUGACAGUGAAAGUGGGGUUGUUUCACCACAACACACAACAUCAGUAUCCAGCAAUUGCAAAAGCCCUGCUGUGGCAGAUGCAUUGGAAUCCACUAGCACUAGCACUUCUUUUCCUGUGCAAGAAGCCAUCAAAUUGACAAUUAGGACAAAGGAUGUGAAACUAUGUUCUAGUCGAUAUGAAAAGACUCAUUCUAAGAUAGAUCCUAAUGCUGUCAAUAAACAUUCCAAAAUUGAAAGUGGAGGUGAAAGUUCAAGGGCUGCUAGAGCUUCAAGGCGGAAUCAGCAGAAAAAUAAAGAUGACACUGUGGCAAAGACUGAAAAACGAAAAUCAUCACCACAGCCAGGAAGUGAAAAUUAUGAAUUAUACCGCACUUUAGCUUCACCUGUUGACAAAGAGGAAGAAAUAAAUGAAAGCAAUGUAAAUGAUUCUCAAGCGUUUUCUAAUACACAAAACAGAUCCGAAGUUACUGGAAAUGAUGUCAAUUCUGUCGAUGUAAUGGAACAUAAUAGUGAAGAUGUCAGUGGUAUGAGCUCAGUUGAUAAAAUUAUUUCAUAUUCCAAAAACACAAAGGCAAGGGUAAUUGGUCAAAAGCAUAAGAAUGUUUCUCUUGAUAACUCAUCCUGUUCAUUAGCCAAAAAUAAAUGUACUGUAGAAGAUCAGCCACAUGAUUUUGGAUCUCAUGGUGGUGAUGAUACCAAUCAUGAUGAUUUGAAUACUGUUACAACAACUGUAAACUAUAGUGAAAAUGACAAGGUCUCGAAUUGGUGCGAACCAAACGAAUCAAACAAACCAACCAAACAAGAUGCAAUUGUUGAACAAAAUUCUUCACAAAUUGAAAAUCCUCCAGAAGCUAAUAUUUUGAGUGAAACACAACCACCAAGUGUUAAACUCGUUAUAUCUAAAAAGAAAGGAAGUAUUUUCAAAAGUCGAGCAUUGGUGAAUGAUGGAAGCAACUCAAAUGGUAAAAAGAGGCAUGUUUAUCGUCACAAAACUUGGCAAUUUGAUGAGCAAAAGACAACAGCAUCAAAUGAAGAUACUGCACCUACUUCUUCUUUUGACUUUGAUGAUGGCAGUGCGGUAUUAACUCGAGUGCCACGUAUACAACAGAACCUUGAUUCCAGUGACUCUGAUCCUGUAAUGAGUGUCUUAUGCCCAAAAGAAGCUAAAGGGUACUAUACAGUAGUGAGAAAUGUAAAAAAGGCUCACCAGAUUCAAGAAAUAGGUGAAGAACAAGAAUUAAAUGAUGAUGUUGAAUAUAUAUUAGAUGCAUUGCAGGACAAUAAUCCGAUGUCCACUAGAUGUUUAUCAGCAAUUACCCUAGCAUCAAAAUGUAUGACACCAGCAUUUCGAAUGCAUGUAAGGGCACAUAAUACCGUAACGAAAUUCUUUCGUGCUCUUCAUGAUGCCACCAAAGAUCAGAGUUUGGGAUUAUGUACUGCUACAGUUAUGUUUGUUUUAUCCCAAGAUCAGCUAAAUAUGGAUGUUGAUCGAAACAGUUUAGAGUUGAUGUUGAAUUUAUUAGAGUCUGAUGUCAGCCAUCAGCAUGCUUUGGAUGACUGCGGCUUGAGCUUAGCCCAAUUACAUAAAAAUAAACAAAAAGUUCGUGAAUUAUGCGAAGAGAUUAAAUGUCAAGGAAAAGCUGUUCAUUUAAAUUUAGACAAUAUUACGGUUGGACAACUUGCUAUGGAAACAUUACUGAGUAUGACCAGCAAACGUGCAGGAGAAUGGUUUAAAGAAGAAUUAAGGCAAUUGGGAGGUUUAGAUCACAUUUUAAAAACUGUUUGCGAUUGUUGCAGCCAAGUUUCUGGAUCUAUAGAAGAAUGGACUGAUCUGUUACUGGAUAAAUUGAGAAAGAUUGAACGGUGUUUGCGUGUUCUAGAAAAUGUAACUCAACUAAAUGAGGAGAACCAGACUUAUCUUUUACAUUAUGGAGAUGGCAUUGCCGUGCAAACACUUGUGCAGUUAUACCAGUUAUGUGAUAAAAUGAUACCCCAGCAUCCAACUAUUAAUGAUGAUAAAGAUUGUGCUGGAGUUGUAUUCAGAGAAACUUUAUUACCUACUUUGAAAGUGCUUAUAAAUUUAACUCAUUCGUUUAAUCCUAAAUCCAUUGGCAGUUCUGUUAUUGGACAGAAAUCUGAAGUAAUUGAUAUUAGCUUGCAUUUAUUAUUGGAAGUGCAAAAUUACAUUCCGCAUCAGAAAAACUUUGAGCUUAGUAUUUUGGCAUUGCUGCUGCUCAUCAAUUUAGUGCAAUACAACAUUGAAAAUAAAUCUUAUUUAAUGAAUGCGAAAUCUGAUACUCAAACUGCAUGUAUAUACAUUUAUGGUAAAAGGGCAGUUGUUGCUUUAACAGAAUAUUUCUAUCGCAGAGAACAGCUGGCCAGAUUAGAGGAACAAACUACUGAUGCUAUCUUAGAUGGUGCUAAAGAUGAUAGAAGUGAGGAUGCCAAUAAACCUAAAACGCAUGAGGAGUUUAUUGAAGAAACAGUUUCUAAAUUGCUGCAAAAGGCUGGAUCGCACAUGGAGCAUACAAUGGUUGCAUCAUAUAUAGUGCUAUUGCUUGGCUAUAUGAUCACAGAUUGUCCAGAUCAUGAAUGUGAACUGACUAAAAUCUUGCCAAAUAAUAGUUACUCUACCAUGAUUCUUGUUCUCACAAAGUAUUAUAAAUUCAUGAAUUUAACUGGAAGUGGUGACACAUCAAUCGUUAAUCAUAUUACACAAACUGGCAUUGUACUGAAAUAUCUAGAACAGUUAGAAAAAAGAUUAAUAGAUCAAAAACAGAAUUCUGUUUCAGGAUCUACUGAAUCAAAUAUGUCUGAAAUUAGUGAUAACCAUUAA